CCCGUUUCCUGACACCGGCUCCCGCUGCAGCUCCUGCCCGCCCCCCGGCUCCUCCCUCCCGGCCAUGGGCUCCGUGCUGCCCGGCUCCUCGCUGGGCCUGAAGCCGGGCUUCAAGCCGCAGCAGCCGCUCUCCCUGGCGGACAUCAUCACCUCGGACAUCCUGCACAGCUUCCUGUACGGCCGCUGGAGGCACGUGCUGGGCGAGCAGCACCACCACCCGCACCAGCAUCACCUGCAGCACGAGGACCGCAGCACCGCCCCGAGCGCGAGCCCCAAGACCGCGUUCACCGCCGAGGUGCUCGCGCAGUCCUUCUCCGGAGAAGUCCAGAAGUUGUCGAGUCUGGUUUUACCCAGCGAGGUGAUCAUUGCUCAAAGUUCAGUCCCAGGAGAAGGUUUAGGUAUUUUCUCUAAAACAUGGAUUAAAGCAGGAACAGAGAUGGGACCAUUCACCGGACGCCUCAUCUCACCUGAACACAUCGACCUGUACAAGAACAACAACCUCAUGUGGGAGGUGUUUAAUGAGGACGGGACGGUCAGGUACUUCAUCGAUGCCAGUCAGGAGGAUCAGAGGAGUUGGAUGACGUACAUCAAGUGUGCGAGGAACGAGCAGGAGCAGAACCUGGAGGUGGUUCAGAUCGGCAGCAGCAUCUUCUACAAGGCCGUGGAGACGAUCCCUCCGGACCAGGAGCUGCUGGUCUGGUACGGAAACUCCCACAACACCUUCCUGGGAAUCCCUGGAAUUCCUGGAGGAGAUGAAGAACAGAGCAAGAAGAGCAAGAGCGAUGAGUUCCACACCUGUGAAGGCUCCUCUUCCUCCUCCUCUUCCUCCUCCUCCUCCUCGUCCUCCACGUCCUCCUCCUCCAGUGUGGGCCGUAUGCGUUGCGUUAUCUGCCACCGCGGGUUCAACUCCCGCAGCAACCUGCGCUCUCACAUGCGCAUCCACACGCUGGACAAACCGUUUGUCUGCCGCUUCUGCAACCGCCGCUUCAGCCAGUCGUCCACGCUGAGGAACCACGUCCGGCUGCACACCGGCGAGCGCCCGUACAAGUGCCACGUCUGCCAGUCGGCGUACUCCCAGCUGGCCGGCCUGCGGGCGCACCAGAAGAGCGCCAGGCACCGGCCCACCGGAGAUGCCGGGGCCGCGGUGGGAAGUGUGGUGGUAGCUCACUCGCCUCCUCCUCACCCACCGCAGCUGAACGCCAUGCCUCACCCGGCAUCACUGGUUCACCACAUCCCCACCAUGGUGCUGUGAUGGAGAGGAGACAGACGGACGCACCAGAAUACAGACAGGCAUCUUUAAAUUAAACAUAAGAUUAAAUAUUUGGACAAUCUAAAACCUGACAGUCAGGUGUGUCUCUCAUGGAGGAACAUGGUGAACCGUCUGGCAGUUACCCAGGUAGCCAAUCAGCACAUUCGGCUGUGUGCUGGUUGAUCACUGAUGGCUGCUCCCCCGGUCGGAAAAAAAACAGAGCCAAUUAGAGCAUUGAAGGCCAGAUUAAGAACGGGGACGACAUCUUCCUCUGCUAAAAACAGAAAAAGCCUGUUUACUUGGGCUGAUUUUUAGCUGAUUAUGAUUUCCAGAACCAGAACCAGGCAUCCCACAGUGAUCUGGAAUAAACAGACCUGCUUGUUUGUUAAUCUACUAUGAAUAUGAACAAUCUGAGCCUUAAAGUGGUUGUUUAGGUUUUCUGGAGCAAAAUAUUUAAGGAGACCUAUUUUACUGCUUUUCCAGACCUAUAUUUUAGUUCUGUGACGCCUGUAUGGCAGCUUUGCAUGAUUGAAAGUUCAAAAACACAACUCUCUGUUUUACACUGGCUCUUUAUGUAGGCCUUCACUUCAGCCUCUGUCUGAAACAAGCUGGAGAUGCUCCUGUUUCUUUAAGGCCCCCCUCUCAAAGCCCACUGUCUUCUGAUUGGCCAAGACCUGAAGCAUGUUACCAGGCUGUUGUU